AUGUCUACUAUCCUCGUUAUAGGAGCUACUGGCAAACAAGGUGGCUCACUAAUCAAAAAUCUCCUUAGCAAGAAUGCGCCUUUCCAAAUUCUGGCAGUCACCCGCAACAUUCAGUCUCCCUCCGCGCAAAAGUUGUUACAGCAGUCAUCCAAGAUUAGUCUCGUACAAGGCGAUCUAGACCACCCCGCAGAGCUAUUCAAGAAAGCACGGGGUCUGACCACCCAGCCAAUAUGGGGUGUUUUCAGUGUCCAAGUUGCAAUUGGAAACGGCGCUUCGGAAGAGACCCAAGGAAAAUCAAUCAUUGACGAAUCAAUCAAACACGGCGUCAAGCAUUUCGUCUACAGCUCAGUUGAUCGUGGCGGUGCAAAAUCCACAGACAACUCAACCCAAAUCCCGCACUUCAUCCACAAAUACAAUAUAGAGAAACACCUAUUGGCAAAUACAAAGGAUGGCGAUAUGGAUUGGACGAUUCUACGCCCGACUGCUUUCUAUGAUAAUCUCACGCCAGACUUCUUCGGCAAAAUCUUUACCACGGCUUUUGAAAUGGUUCUCAAGGGGGCACCGUUGCAGAUGAUUGGAGUGAGCGAUAUUGGCGCUGUUGCGGCAGAGGUCUUUAUGAAUGCGAAUGCGUAUAAAGGACGUGCUAUCUCUCUGGCAGGUGACGAAUUGACAUAUGCUCAGUUUAAGCAAAUCUUCGAGAAGAGGACUGGGCAGACGCUGCCUACCACUUGGAGACCACUCACUGCGUUGUUUAUGGCUGUGGUUAAAGAUAUGGGGUAUAUGUUUAAGUGGUUUCACGAUGAGGGAUUUGGCGCUGAUGUGGAAGAGGUCAAGAAGAUCCAUCCAGGUCUCAAGGACUUUGAGACUUGGCUGGAAACUGAGAGUGUGUUUGUGAAAAAAUAA